AUGCCAUCCUCGGCCACGUUCACGGGCAUGACGAAUAAACCUCGCAUCUAUCUCGCUCUCUACCAUCGAGCCCGGCAUUCCUUCAAGGAGGAAAACGUCCUGCGGAGAUUCCACUGGGCGAUUCUGAUCCGGCCGAAAGCUUCCAAGCGAAGAAACGUCGACUGCUCGGUCUUUGACGCCACCACAUGCUUCCACUUUGCGCCGGACGGGAAAGUCCUCAAUCCGAAUCAGGAAUGGUGGUUCCGUGUGCGAGAUCACUAUGAUCCGCUGGAAGAUUACAGAUUCCUCGGGGCCAUCAUGAUCGGGAAGUUGCCGGAGGGAAAGACGAUUGCGGAUGUCGAUGUUCUGCUGGAGGAGAUCGAAUUGCCACAGCCGUGCUUUGAUGGAACGGAGGACUAUACUAUCUGGGCAGCGGAUGCCGUCCGGGCGCUAAUGGAAAGGAAGUGGGCGGACAAGAUGAACGUCCCCAAGCUAUUCCGAGAAUGCGUCAUGCUAGGAAAUGGUGUCUUGGGUGCACUCUCCAGAGAUGAGCCGUUGAGAGAAGGAGACCGAUGGCGGAAUUUCACCACGAGAGAGGACUGA